UCUUUAACUUUUGUCGUGUUACAGUGGAGUACCAGAUACUGUCAGUAACUGGAAAUAGCUUAUAUGCACAGCAAGUCUAUUAAUCGAGCUAAAUUUUAAAAUUAAUUACAAUGAAUAAUAAAAUUAAAGUUAGUUGCUGGAAAAGUCUAACAAAUUAAUGUCAUUGUGCUGAGGAUCGUUAGUUGAGUUGAAUUUUCAGAAAUAUUCAACUUUUUUGAUAAUUUCUUUAUAAUUUCAAUUAAAACUUUCCUUAUAGGGAAUGUAAACAAAGGGUUUGAGGGGCUAUUGAAUAAUCUACUGACAUUAUCUGGUACUGACACUAUCUGGUACUCCACUGUAUAUUGUUUUCAACAUUUUUUGACUUUUGUUUCAUAGUUUUUUGCCUCGAUUAGUAAUUUAAUUUUUUUGUGAAUAAUGCUGCCAUCAGUGUUUAAAGCUAUGAAAGAUGCAACAUCAAUUACGACACCGUCUAAAACACCAUCUAAAACACCAUCUAAAACAUCACUUAAAACACCAUUCAAAACACCAUCUACAACACCAUCUAAAACCCCGAACAAAACACCAACUCGUCCAUCAAAAUCAUCAUCAAGCCUAAGUUCUAAAAAACUACGUACACCUAAAUCAACUACAACAACAAAAUCUAAAAGGAAAAAUGAUUUGGACAUCAUUGCUAAAUGCAAAACAAUAGACAGCUAUUUCCAAAGGAAAGUUAAACAACCGACAAAAUUGGAACCCAAAAAAUUGUCAAAAUUUUUCGACGAUGUCGCCCGAAUUGAAGAGGGUCCAUUGAAAGGGUUACCAACCAGCUUACUUGACAAAAUCAAACCCAAGAAGCCUGAUGAUGGACAGGCCGAAAGAAAAAAAUUGCUACAAAAGUUACCUGAAUUAUUGAAAAUUGUUCAUCUUUAUUUUCUGACUAAUCCAAAACCAAUUCAGUUAGGAAUAUUGAUAGAAAAAUGCAUCAGUUCUUAUUAUACGUAUAUUUCAGUGCCGGACGCUGAAAAACAGAUGCGAUUGACCUGUGAAUUGUUUCCUGAAUGGUUAACUAUAAUAUCUAUUAGAAAAGUUGAAUUUGUUAAGUAUGUCGAUAAGAAAAUAUCUUUAAAUCAAAUAAAUGAAAAACUUCAGAACCUCAUCAAUUCUUAGAACCAAGGAUAAUCUAUUAAGAUGCAUUAAUCUAUUAAGAUGCAUUAAUCUAUUAAGAUGCAUGAAUUAAUCAUGACAAAUCAUGAAUGAAUCUCAGAUUGUAAACAUGUAUAAAUUGAAUUAUUAUACAAAAUAAAUUAUUUACACUACUUAAA